GAGGCUGAUAAUCAACAACUACCGUAUUUUUCGGACUAUAAGUUGGCUGGGGGUGCGACUUGUUCUCAGGAGCGACUUGCAGUGGGGCAAAUAAGCAUUUAGUCAACCACCAAUUGUGCAAGUUCUCCUACUUGAAAAGAUUUGAGAGGCCUGUAAUUGUCAACAUGGGUAAACCUCAACCAUGAGAGACUGGAAAAAAAAAACUGAAAAUAACAUUGUUUGAUUUUUAAAGAAUUUAUUUCCAAAUUAGAGUGGAAAAUAAGUAUUUGGUCACCAACAAACAAGCAAGAUUUUUGCCUGUCAAAGAGGUCUAACUUCUAACGAGGCUCCACUCGUUACCUGUAAUAAUGGCACCUGUUUUAACUCAUUAUCAGUAUAAAAGACACCUGUCCACAAUUUCACUCAGUCACACCCCAAACUCCACUAUGGCCAAGACCAAAGAGCUGUCGAAGGACACCAGAGAUAAAAUUGUAGACCUGCACCAGGCUGGGAAGAAUGAAUCUGCAAUAGCAUUUGCAGCUAGCGCCAUCCCAAUGACGGUGCGUAAAGGCAAAACUUUAGCCAUCACCAUCCAGGAGCACAUGGCCAUCGACGUCUGCCCAGGUCCCAUCAGGCCCAUCCGCCAGAUCUCUGCCUACUUCCCUCGCCUCUCGCCCACGUCCUCAUUCUCAGAGCCGCUCUCACCCAGUCAAACGGCGGCUGCCGCUGCUGCCCUCAGUCCUGGCGGUGCCACAGGAGGAGGGAGCGGCGGGUUGCUGUCCCCCUUGUUUGGGGCAGGUGGCGGUGGAGGGGCCUCACUCUCCGCCAUGAGCAGCAUGGACACUUCAAUAGAAGUGGACAGCUGUGACAGCGACGAUAAUACUUCUCUGGGGACAUUGGAGUUCGACCUGCUGUAUGACCGCGCUACAAGCUCCUUACACUGCACUGUCCUCAAAGCAAAGGGUCUCAAACCGAUGGAUUUCAACGGCCUGGCUGAUCCCUACGUGAAGCUGCACCUUUUGCCCGGAGCCUGCAAGGCCAACAAACUCAAAACCAAGACGGUGCGUAACACACUGAACCCGGUGUGGAACGAGACUCUGACAUACUGCGGCAUCACAGAGGAGGACAUGUAUCGCAAAACUCUGCGGGUGUCAGUGUGCGACGAGGACAAGCUGACGCACAACGAGUUCAUCGGGGAAUCGCGGAUAGCCCUCCGCCGCAUCAAGCCCGACCAGACCAAACACUUCAACAUUUGUUUGGAGCACCCACCUCCUCUUCCUUCGCCGACAGCCAUGAGCACAGCCCUCAGAGGCAUCUCCUGCUACCUAAGAGAGUGGGAGACGGAGCAGCAGAGAAGCCUGGAGGAGAGAGGCCGCCUGCUGCUGUGCCUGCAGUACGUCCCCCCGGCCGUCGCCCCUGAUGACGAGGGAGCCAAAGAGAGGGCCAGAGGCGGAUUGUGCGUGGGCGUCAAGCGCUGCGCCCACCUGGCAGCCAUGGACGUCAACGGAUUCUCCGACCCAUACGUCAAAACGUACCUCAAGCCAGAUGUUCAGAAGAAGUCCAAGCACAAAACGGCAGUCAUCAAAAAGACUCUCAACCCGGAGUUUAAUGAGGAGUUUUUCUAUGAGAUCUCCUUCUCGGAGCUCGUCACCAAGACAUUAGAGGUCACCGUCUGGGAUUACGACCUUGGCAAGUCCAAUGACUUCAUUGGGGGCGUCUCUUUAGGGUGCCACUCGCAGGGCGACACCCUUCAGCACUGGAGAGACUGUCUGAAGAACAAGGGCGAGAAGGUGGAGCGCUGGCACACGCUGACCAACGAGCUGCCCGGUUCCGCCACGCAGGAAUGAAGCAGCACCAUCGUUCUUGUCUGCACGACCGUCAACGGACUUCAUCAUUCACGAUAACCGAAACCGGGUGGAGGCAAAGAUCGUGACGGGCCAGCUCACCAUAUCCAUUUAGGUGGAUUUCAGUGGAACUCUAAGUCACGUAUUUUGCAAAAGUUGGGAGUUUCAAUAACAAGCAGUGGUGGGUGUCGCCCAAUACUUGGAUGUACAGUAGACAUUUUUCGCAAAAGCAUUUCAGCGAGGGAACGUCAAAUGAUUGUCACAGGUUUUUCUUAAGUCGUGUAAUGUACUUGAAUACAGUUUUUCCCAACUUUUAUCAAACCAAAAAUUUCAGGACCAUCUUCACUCCUUGAUGCCUGAAUUGAACAAAUAAAUAGCAUUGGAUAAUACAUAAGUACAUAAAAAAUAAUGGAACUACCGUAUUGGCCCGAAUAUAAGACGGCCCUGAUUAUAAGACGACUCCCUCUUUUUCAAGACUCAAGUUUGAAAAAAGACUUUUUGAACACCAAAUUAAUUUUCACACAGAAAAUAAUUACAGUACAUCUGAGACAAAUGAUUAUAACAAUAUAUUUGAGAGAAAAAGCAUGUUAUUUUGCCUGAUUCGAAUCUUAUUAUCUGAACAUUUAAAUAUGUAAACUAGGGCUGUCAAACGAUUUAAAUUUUUAAUCGAGUUAAUUACAGCUUAAAAAUUAAUUAAUCGUAAUUAAUCGCAAUUCAAACCAUCUAUAAAAUAUGCCAUAUUUUUCUGUAAAUUAUUGUUGGAAUGAAAAGAUAAGACACAAGACGGAUAUAUACAUUCAACAUACGGUACAUAAGUACUGUAUUUGUUUAUUAUAACAAUAAAAGAAGAAGAUGGCAUUAACAUUAUUAACAUUCUCUUAAAGCGAUCCAUGGAUAGAAAAACUUGUAGUUCUUAAAAGAUAAAUGUUAGUACAAGUUAUAGAAGUUUUAUAUUAAAACCCCUCUUAAUGUUAUCGUUUUAUUAAAAUUUGCAAAAUUUUCAAUCAAAAAAUAAACUAGUAGCUCGCCAUUGUUGAUGUCAUUACACCAAGCUCACUCCCCAAACCCAUAAAAUCAUUUGGACCCAAGCGCCAGCAGAGGGCGCCAAAUAACAAAAAACAAGUAACAAGCGGACAUUACACUUCUGUCAUUUUAAUCUGAGCGGGGCAUGUGCAUUAAUUGAGUCAAAUAUUUUAACGUGAUUCAUUUUUUAAAAAUUAAUUACCGCCCAUUAACGCGAUAAUUUUGACAGCCCUAAUGUAAACUAAUGUGCAAUCACAUUCGUAAAUGAAUGGCUUCUGGUUUUUGAAAUGUAAAUGAACCAAUCUUUUGUGAUAAAACAACAAAAUUGCAAUAACUGCAUUAACCAUCAAAGUGAGGUCUAACUGUAACUGUAGUCUUGAAAGAAAUCUAAAUAAGGAAAAAAAUUGCAAUAAAAUAAAGCAAACUGGUUAAACUUGAGAGUAGCUGAGAUCCGUCAUGACAGAACAUCGCUUCAAUGAUAUCUGGCGCCAUCUAGCGUCAUGAAUGGGUGUAAUGUCUAAACCCCAAAUAUAAGACGACUCUCACUUUUUCAGUCAUAUUUCAAUGCAAAAAACACAGUCUUAUAUUCGGGCCAAUACGGUAUUUCAGCCAAUUAAAUGCGAGUAUCCCAUACACAUCAGAAAAAUAUCAAAACAGCCAAAAUGGAUUGGACGCCAGUUGCCGUCAAUGGAAGAGCGAGUUAAAAAAGUAAGCUAUUUUGUUCACACAGCUCAUUAAAACUCAGGUUGGGAAUUACUGCUUCAACAGAUAUAAUGCUUCCGAGAAUCUUCGGGUUCUCUAUUUAUCGGAUUUUGGAUCAAUGGUAUCGGAACACAUCGGUUACGAGAAUCAGUUCUUCCACUUAAAUGACUUUUUUGUAAAUUUUUUGCAUGUUGGAUGUUGCUGGAGUCGACUCAAAGAGAUUUUUGAGAUCUUGUUUAUGCCAUUUCUGUUUUUACAACGUGGUAAAAUGUGGCAAUGCAAUGUUUUUAACAAAUUCUCAUGUUGUGUACGCGUUAAAUGCAGAAAUUUGGGCUGAUUUUUGGUUAUGUGCGUACUCUGCUUGAACGUGCUCAUAGUUUUUCAUACUUUUUGACCAGAGGAGGCGCUACGGAUUUUUUUUUUUGUUUGUUUGUUUUUUUGUGGACCCUCUGGAGAAUUUUUUUUUUUUGUGGGGUUCGGAACAGGAUUUUUUCAAGCCGUAGCCAAAAAGUGCUUGGCUGCCAUCUUGUGGCAAAGACGUUCAACUUUUUGGGGGUGGGGGGGUUCAUGUUCUUGGAAUGUUUACUGUAAAUCAUGUCUCAAACAAAACAACAGAAAGCUGCAAUUUAUGUGAGGCAUGCUGAAAAAUUUAUGUACAAAAAAAAAAAAAAAAAACAUGUAUAUGGAUAUGUUAGGGUUGGGUGGGGGUCUUGUUUGUCUUGAGCAUGGUUUCUGUUACUAUUCAUUUGCUUUGUGAAUUAUGGAGGACCAGGAGUGCAA